CGCGACACAGUCACCGCAUUCCCCUGUGCACCAUAUCUAGAGUCUCAAGCAGGAUCUUGCCUUUCAGUAGGCCACAGCAUGGCGACGCAAUCUCGACACGGAAAGGUCGCGGACGAGGAGGCGCUCGAAGUCAGCGUGCAGUGUCACUGCAAGCGCCAAUGCUUUGCCGUGCGCGUUCCCUUAGCUCGCUUCCCGCUCCCAGCAGAGAUUUGCCACUGUAAGGACUGCCGCCUGGCUAGUGGGAAUCUUCAGAUGGACACCUGCGAUGUCCUCGGACCGUCCGACGUCGACCUCUUCGACCUCGCGCAUCCUCCCGCAGGCCUGGGCGGGCACAGCGCCAGCGAGCACUUGACGAGGUGGUUCUGCCAGCACUGUGGAACACAUCUUGUGCAGAGCUUUAGGAAACCCGGCCAAGAGUCAUUGGGCCUGAUCUGGUCCUUCGCACGGGGCGUCAUGAACCCUGUUGCAACGCCUGACGGUCGUCCGACCUCCAAGGUCACUGUGCACCACUACGUCAACUACGCACUCGACGGCGGUAUGACCGCUACAUUCAUGCAGGAUGGAGCACCUCGGUAUAAGAACGGCCCGCCAAGCUCGGACCUAGUUGCGGCGCAUCCCAGCGAGCUCCCUUCGGAGAAAGACCUGGCCUUGGUCCGAGAAUGGAGCGCGUCAGACUCGCUUCCGGUGCGCUGCCUGUGCGGCAACGUCGACCUCGUUCUGAAGCGGCCUUCGUUCGCCUCGCUAGACUCGCUACCAGACAAGACCAAGGCUCGCCUCGCCCGAGGCCAAGACGCUGGCGCCCGGUGGAAGUUUAACUUUUGCCUUUGCAACUCUUGCCGCGUAGCUUCGGGCCAGGAUCUGAGCGCCUUCGUCUUUUGUCCGCUCACGACGCACGUCUUCUGUGCCUCGGAAGACUCCAUUGACAACAAAAGCCAGGAUCCACGGACGGGACUGAGCAGGUACGACUCCUACCCAGAGGUGCAUCGCUACUUUUGCCCGACGUGCGGAUGCAAAGUCUUCUUCUGCGCAGACGAUAGACCAGGCGAUAUCUGCGAUAUCUUCGCCGGCACCUUCGCCAGCACACCCCUCCUAUCCCUUUUGAAUGGCUGGACAUUCCAACAGACUGAGGAAGGCCCAGGGUAUUGGGACUUUGCGAGGGACAAGCAUUUUGCCGAAUCCUUCCGGAGGGGCUACUGUCCAAAUCUUACGGCGGAGGACCUCAAGACACCAGACAACGUAUUGAAGCUCGCUGCAGACUAUAAUGGCUAGGCAGUAUUUCUUUGAAGGUAUCUUCAGGAAUUUCUAUGAGCCCUUCUCGUAGAUAUAGCUGAUAAGUAAAGGUUAUUGGUGAUUUCUCGCUUCCUGCGCGACUCCCUUCGAACCCAGGGGACUGUCUUUUGUGGUCUGAUACGGAUGUAGUGGCCCUCUAAUCCCUUCGAGCUCUCCGGUAUUCGUGACGCUCUCUUCCGCUCGACCCAUCUCCAUACCUUGACCGACUACCGCUGCCAUCUGUCAUCCCGCCACUGCGCUUCCAGAAAUUCUCACGAUCAGCAGGCGCUUCACGACUGCCUCUCUGCUGCGUUGGGCUCAAGCGUUGGUGAAGAGGUAAAGAUG